GGUGGAUCCAGCCCGGAGUGAGACAUCCCUCCCUCCCCGUCAGCUGCUCGGCUGCUCCGCUAGCUCGGGCCGGGAACCAUGGCCAUGUCCCAGGCUCUGUCCGAGGAGGAGUUCCACCGCAUGCAGGCUCAGCUGCUGGAGCUGCGGACUCAGAACUACCAGCUGUCUGAUGAGCUCAGGAAGAACAACGCAGAGCUAAACGCCCUCCGGCAGAAAAAUGUGGUUCUGGAGAAAGACUUCAUCAAAGCGCAGAAGGCUUUGAAUAAAAGCAAAAAAGCUCAGGAAGUGGAUGCCUUGCUCAGCGAGAAUGAGAUGCUUCAGGGGAAGCUCCACAGUCAGGAGGAGGACUUCAGGCUGCAGAACAGCACGUUGAUGACUGAGCUGUCCAAGCUGUGUACACAGAUCGAGCAGCUGGAACAGGAGAACCGGGGUUUCAAGGAAGGAGGAGGAGCCUCUGCAUCCAGCCCACCACCUAACUCCGCCCCUGGCCCCGUAGAUGGAGAACUGCUCCGCCUCCAGGCAGAAAACUCCACCCUGCAGAAGAAAAUGAAAGCCCUCCAAGAGCACCUCGACAAGGAGCUGCAGAGGCAGGCGGUCGCCCACAACAACCAGAGCGCUACCACGGAGACCGACGCGCCCGCAGGCACCAACGGAGUCUCUUCCGUCACCGGAGGCGGUGAGGAAUCAGCAGCUGAGGGAACCAGUGAGCGAGUGGAACAGACUCAGCUCCAGCACUCAGACAAACAGCUACACGGCCUGUCAGAGAAGAGCAUAGAGAAGAUUGUAGGUAAGCAGGCAGCGCUAGGCUGGUCGGCUGCUCUCUGUCCAAUAACUCACUGCUUUGGACCAGAGCUGGAGAUGGCACUGAACACCGAGCAGGAGGAGAAGAGGCUGCUGAGGGAGCAGAUCCACGGCCUGGAGGCGUCCAAACAGGCUGAAAUCUCCAAACUGCAGGAGGAGAUAACGAAGCUGUCGGAUAAACUGAAGAAGAAACAGGAGAGUUUUCAGCAGCUGCAGAUGGAGAAGGAAGCACUUUACAACGACAGCAGGACAAAGAUUGAUGAGAUCAAUCAGAGAAAAGAAGAUGAGCUGAAGGCUGUGAACACCCGCAUCCAGAAGAUCCAGUCAGACCUGAUGGCAGCCAAUCAGACGAUUGCAGAGCUGAGAGAGCAGCUGCAGAGCAAAGACAAGGAACACGAACUGGCUGUCCAUACGCUAAAAGACCAGGCAGCCAAUCAGAGUGCUGUCAGUCAGGAGCAGGUGGACAUCAUCCUGCAGGAGAACGAUGCCCUGAGGACAAACCUAGCUGCUUUAGAGCAGGAGAACAGUGCUCUGAGGACGGACCUGUCUGCUCUGGAGCAGAUCCAGACGGUGAAGACGCAGGAGAUGAACCUCCUGCGGGAGCAGCACGAGGCGCUGACGGCCGAGUUGCAGCAGAAGAGAGGCGAGCAGGAGAGUCUGCUGGCGCAGAGAGACGACCUCAACUCUCAGCUGCAGGAGAUGAGCUUCGCCAACAGGAAGUUGUUGGAGCAGUUAACAGAAGAAGGACACGAGAAGGAGAGACUGCAGAGAGACCUGGAGGAGGCCAAGAAGACAGCGGAGAAGAGGAAGGCCAUGCUGGACGACAUGGCUCAGCAGCUGAACCAGGAGAAGUCCGACCACAAGGAGGCGCUGUCGGACCUCAGACUGCAGCACGAGAAGGAGGUUCUCGGGGUCAGAGCUCGCUAUGAGAAGGAGCUCAGAGGACUCCACGAAGACAAGAGUCGCUCUGAGGAGGAGAUCCGACAGCAGCUGAGAGAGGAGAAGGCCCGGACGAAGGAGAUGGAGGGGCUGCAGCAGCGGCUGGAGGAGCUGCAGGCGCAGGUUCAGUCCAUGGAGGGGACAAAAGGAUGGUUUGAGAGGCGCCUCAAAGAGGCAGAGGAGAACAUGGAGAAGAAGGCCCUUCAGCAUCAGGAGGCGGUUGAGGCGCUGGAGAAGGACCACACACUGCAGCUGCAGGAGAAGCAGUCCGAGGUGGAGGGAUGGAAGCAGAAGCUGGAGGAGGUGGAGAAACAGAGAGACGAAUACGACGACACCAUCGGAAAGCUCAAACAGGACAUAAAAGACACCGUGGACGGUCAGAGGAUCCUGGAGAAGAAGGGCAGUGCGGCGUUGAAGGACUUGAAGCGGCAGCUGCAGCUUGAGAGGAAGCGAGCAGACAAGCUGCAGGAGCGACUCCAGGAGAUCCUGACCAACAGCAAGACCAGGACAGGUCUGGAGGAGCUGGUUCUGUCCGAGAUAAACAGUCCCAGCAGGACUCAGCAGACCGGGGACUCGUCCUCCGUCUCCUCCUUCUCCUACAGGGACAUGAUGAAGGAGUCUCAGUCAGCCGGUCAGAACAAGUCUGGAGGAGGCAGCCCUCAGUCGCAGCGGCCCGCUGAGUUGUCCGACGACGAGGUCGGCGAGUUGUUCCAGCGGCUCGCUGAGGUUCAGCAGGAGAAAUGGAUGCUGGAGGAGAAGGUGAAACAUCUGGAGGUGAGCUGCUCGUCCAUGGCUGAAGACAUCUGCAGGAAGAGCGCCAUCAUAGAGACGUACGUCAUGGACAGUCGCAGAGAUGUGUCGGGCAGCGCCGUCGGAGGUCACGGAGCCUCUCAGGGAGAAAGAGGAGGUCUGGGUUCAGUCCUCAGAGAUCUCGUGAAACCAGGAGACGAGAAUCUGAGAGAAAUGAACAAGAAGCUGCAGAACAUGCUGGAGGAGCAGCUGACCAAGAACAUGCACCUGCAGAAGGAUCUGGAGGUUUUGUCCCAGGAAUUAGUCCGUGCCAGUAAAGGAAGCAGUCCGACUGGCAGCAGUGCAGCCGGCUCCGGAUGACACCCUCACCUGGAUUCAUUCCGUCCAUUUCCGUCCUCCUCACCACUCCUUCCUCACUUCCUGCACUCACAUGCCAAGACCUUCGGUGGGCUCCGACUAAUGCCUGGAGCUGAUGGUUUCUCCUCUUCAGUCUAGGUCUGGCUCCGACUAAAUGUUGGAUUAUGUUCAUCCCAUUCAGCAUGAGGAGGGGAAACGCUGCAAGAUUCGAACAGAGGAAGAAACUGAAGAGGGAAUUGACGCAUGAAGGACAUGACGAGUUGCGCUUAAUUCAUUUGUUGCUGUUGAAUGUACUGAAAGUACAAGUAUACUGCACCAUUCAGCUCAUGACUAUGAUCUGGAGAAUUCAUAUCUAAACUGACUGUAAAUCUUUCUCUGUCUUGUCUGUUGUUGGGCCUGGCUAUGUCCUGGAGCUUGGCUCAGGCCUCAGUGUGCAGCAGCAGUCGGGAUCUGUCUAAUUGCUGGGUUUCCUGUUCAGCAUCCCCAUAUAGCACUGAUUACAUGGGCUGUGUCUACAAAGGCUGUUUGUUACCGCCAUCUGACCUCCCAGCCACGUGUCGUGAUGUACUAAAAUGGUGUCUUUGCUACAUGUUGGCAAAGUGGUUGCCUUGACAACUUAGGUGAGGAAGGUGUUGUACAUGAAUUCAGGAUUCACUUUAUUGUUAAUGGAAAUGAUCAUCCAUCAGUCGCUGCGUUUCUUUUUCAAACCCAGCUUUGGUUGUCGUGGUUACAGGUCAGAUUCUCCUGCAGGGAUCAUUUCUAUCCAUGCCCACAUCAGAGGAGGAGAAGCUGAAGUUCUAGAGAGACAGACAUGACGGUUUCUAAUGAAACAGGAAGUCGUCGUCAACCUUCAUCAGGUCACUACAGGAGCCCGUAUGGACGAAGCGAACAGUACGCCAGAGCCAGCGGCGUUGGGGAGGUUGUGACGUGCAGGUUAAGGUUGGGUUUAGGGUGGAACCGUGUGUUGGUAGAUGACCUUCAAAAUGAAGAUGUUGACCCCUGCAGGAGGUCUGACCCGCUCCAUGUUCACGAAUAUCAGUCCUGAAUCACAUCCAGUCAUCAGACCCAGAACAACGUUCUCCUCCACAUUCCUGGAGUCGUGGUUGUGAUCUCAUUCCCACUCCUUCCCUGACCACCCAACACUUCUGAAUUCUGGGACGCCGGUCGCUCUGAGCUCCAGAUGUUGAUGAUUCUGUAUAAGAGAAGCUGCAGACCUGUUAAUGCUCUUCGCUAAUGCUCUUCCUGUGAGCUUUAGAUGUGGCUACGUCUAUGUUAUGAAGCGCUCACAGGUUAAAUGAUUGUAUCUUUGUGUCGGGCCAUGACUAUACCCUGGAGUCUCUGGGUUUUUGCAUCCCUGCUUUUAUUUAUUGCUUCUUGUGCACUUUGGGAUGCAGAAAAUGGCUUAUGCCUCAGGCUAUUUACUGAAUUUAAAUUAAAUUAGUUGCUUUUUUCAGAUUCGUAAUUAGGAUGCAUCAAUGAUUUUAUUCAAUAUUCAAAAAUUUGAUUCACAAAAUUCCUGCAUCUAUUUUCCCCGACAUUCCGUUAGAAUGUCGAGAUUUAAAACGACCCACUGACAGGAAACUGUACUUUUAACGGUGAAUGUUGUUUACGUCAGAAAGAAAAGGAAAAAUCUUCCAUCCAUCUUGCACUUCCGUCUUAGUUUGGGACACCAGGUGGUGCAGAGAAGAGAACCGCUCACUUUCUCUGAAGCAGUUUGACCUCUUUGAUUUCUUAAUCAGGCUGAGUCUACUUCCUGGCUGAAUUAGCAUUUCAAGCUUUUUGACCAUUUUAAAGCUGCUUCUUUUUUUGUAAAAUUCUUAAACAUCAGACAGGAAGUGACUCGGACACUUCCUGUUUUGCCUUCACAGAUGACCAGGACUUCAGACAUCAGGACCCAUGUUAGCUGCAUGGUCACUGGCUACGUCCUGGUUUACACUCUGCAACAGACCAGCUUCUUCAGACAUAGUUCUGACUAUCUCCGGGUCUGCUUGUAACAGAAAUUGUGCUUUAAGUUGUUUUUGCCUGCUUUUCUUUUUCUGUAUAUUUAGCUUAUACUUUAACUCUGAACAAGGAGGAAAACCUGACUUGUGUUCAGUGCUGCUUCAACCAUUCAGAUUAAUAACAAAUAAAAGCAGAAGACUGACUAAUCACUGUAAACGUUAUAAAUCACUGUAAACGUUGGUGUGAUGUCACUGGAGGACAAGUCCAGCUGCACCGAGGCCACGUCAGUUCUCCUCCGGGUUUUUGUUGUGCAAGUGUGUACAUAAAUGCUGUUAAAUGACUAACUGUACGAAGAAUCAACUGAUCUAUUUAUGUCUACGAUCAUGACGCUAAUUAUUCUAACGAAGAAAAUAUAAAACACUGACUGGAGACAAGAGCGUGUUUGAGAGUUU